AUGACGUUAAGGCGAGGUAGCCAUGUGGUCCUCCGUAAUAGCCGCGUGCUCGCCGUCGCCUUCUUACUCCAGCUCCUCUCCCCGUUGCUCGCAUUAGCGUCCCCUCCCAGGCCGUUCUUGGAUUUCACAUUCUCCGAGGCGCAAUCCGAAUACCCCCAGCCGCCUAGGGACCCAUCCAUUCGCUUUCUCACAUACGAAUGGCUGGAUGAACCAGGCGGGCUAGGAGACUAUCUCACAGGGCUGGCCACCAGCUUUGCAUGUGCCAUGCUCACUCAGCGGGCGUUCAUUGUACGGCACGCUCUCCUGCCGCUUGCAUUCGAGCCGAACCUCAUUGAUUGGUCCUUCUCAUUGGAGGUUCCUGUGGAGCCGGCUCGCGUGAUGAAUAUUGAUGAUGUGAUGGGAUGGGGCGAGGGAGGGGGGCCUGAAGGAGGAGGAGGAGAAGGGGGGGAACGAAGAAGAGAAGGGGAAGAGGGAGGAGAAGGAGGAGGACGAGGAGAAGGAGGAGGAGGGGGGGGAGGGCGAGAAGAGGCAGAGGAGGUAGUACAGGAUGGGGAGGUGGUGGAGGUGGACUUGAAGAAUCAGCGGUUUGUGGAGCCGGAGGACAUAUUCGCACAGCUGGAUAAGGCAAUGAACGUGCGCCUGUCGUGGAACAGAGGACUGCUUACGUACUGGCUUGCGGAGGAGGAGGGUAAGAAGUGGAGUGAGAGGCUCAAGGACAUGGGCAUGCGGCCUCCCUACAGCUUCGGCUGCAUCCUCCGCUUUCUUCUCAAGCCCCUCCCAGACAUCCUGUCAAGAACCGAAGCUAUGUACCACCACCUCUUCUCCCCUCUCGCCUCCUCCUCCCCCCCUUCGGCCCUCCUCCAAGCCCAAACCCCUCAUCACCUGAGUGCUGGACAAUCAGGGGCCUCCCAUCACUCCUCAAGCGAUAGGGUGGUGGUGGUGGGCAUGCACAUGAGAGCACCUGAUUCGUUCGUGUGGCAGGGCGAGAGUGGGUUCGGAGAUCCCAAGGUUCUGAGUGAGACAGAGAGAACUGAACUCAUCAAGUGGGCUAUGGGCUAUGUUGCUUGUGCCCAGAGGCUCGAGGCAUGGUGGGUGCCCCCUCCCACCAUUGUUAAAUGGCUUAUCAUCAGCAACUCUCAGGAUUUGAAGGCAAUACUAAAACUCAUAUACCCUGACAAGGUGGUGGUAUCAGAUAUUGUCCCGAUGCAUGUCAACAACCUCAUGCUCGAUGCUGCUGAUCCAUCCUCACCACCCUCUUCAGCAAAAGCUACUCCCACUAAACAAGCAUCGGUGAAUAACUACGGGCGAAUUAACUCGCCCGGUGAUGACAUCCUCGAAGAGUGGCGGGCUGGUGAUUCGGACAACGACGAGGGUGUCGAUGCUGAUGGCGAGCACGUGGAGGCAGCUGCGCAUGCAACGGGAGCGACGGGCGAUGACGGUGCGAAGGCUGACGACGAGGCGGAUGCGGAAGCGAGGACGACGACGGUGGAGGGAGAUGUGGAGGCUGACGACGAGGCGGAGGCGGAAGCGGCACCCGAUGCUGUUGCGCCCGCGGAUGUGGUCGCAAUUGCGGAUGUGGAUGCUGCGGAGGGAGGUGCCGAUGACGACCCGUGGAGCAUCGCGGGUGACGACGAUGUUCCGCUUCUGAAACGGAGGCCGCGUCAUCGCUUACAGACCAAGCCGAGGCGUGCCUGCGUGGUGCUCUCUGAUGACGACAGUCCGGGGGAGGAGCUUCAACCGCGCAUCUCUACUGCAGAGAAGGGGAAAACCAAGGUCGCGGAUGCCCCUGCUAAGGCCACCAUUCGUCGCCGCCCAAGCACCAAGAAGCGGAAGAACGACGGCGACCCCGGAUCCAGCAUGGGUGCUGCUAAGAAAAAGAAGAAGGGGUCAAACAAGGACGACAUCCUGGUCAACGAGGCGCUCCGCAGCGACGAUGACUACGCUGAGGCGGCAGCCCCGAUUCCUUCAUUCCCUGAGAAGGCGAAGCCGAAGGACCCCACCCUCCAUAAUCCCAACUCCCGUCCACCUUCCCCUUGCAGCAAGGACAGUAAGAAGACGCCACAGAUGGACCGAAUCGUAUGCCAAGCACAGGACAACGGGUGGAUGGACGAGAGCGCUGUGCAGACUUGGCUGACCAAGGAGGUGCUGCCCCAUCUGAACUCCCAGCGCGGCGAGAACGGAACCACGGGCGACAACACGCGCCUGCUUGGGCAGGCGCCAGAGGAGGAGGAGGAGGAGAUGCAGGCGGAGGGUGUGAGGGAGGUGGCAGUGGCAACCGGCCUGGAGGUGCUGUACCAGGAGACCCCCAACUACCGCGGAGCAGCGGCUGAGGCUGACCGCAUGAUCGAGCCUAGGGAAACGGCCAGGCAUGCCUGGCGAGUGCCAGACUUGGGUGUUGACCCUGGAGUUAGUGCAGGGGAGGAGGCCGUGACUGAGGAGGGCUAG